AUGGACGACUCCCUGAAUGUCCCCAGACAUAUGAGAAGUCCUGGGGAUGACGGCUAUCGAACCCCCACCAUAGAAGAUGCCGAGCGGACCCUCUCGGAUUUUGGCAUUGAAGAUAGUCCAGGUGGCCAAGUGCUGGAAGUUCAUUCUACAGCUCUGCAGGAAGUCUUGCAGAGAGCGACGUCGCGGGUUGCCGAGAAAUCAAAAAAAGAGGGUAACAAAGAGGCCACUGCCUGUUUCGACCAUAAUGGCCUGGGAAUCGCUGUCAGGCGCAAGCCACCAAGCCGACUUGGAUGGAAGAAACGAAUUCGCCAUGUUACAUGGGCAUACUUUACAUUGACUAUGGCCACGGGUGGCUUGGCUAAUGUCUUCUAUCAAGUCCCCUUCCAAUUUAAAGGCUUAUACACGAUCGGAGUCGUCGUCUUCCUAAUUAAUAUCGCCCUAUACCUCCUAAUCUGGGGUCUGCUACUUCUCCGCUUCUACUGUUUCCCCUAUACAUUUAGGGCAUCCAUGAUGCACCCAACAGAAUCACUCUUCAUUCCAGCAGCGAUAGUAUCCUUCGGCACAAUCCUGAUCAACGUAUCCCAGUACGGACCCGAACACGCCGGCCCCUGGCUUAUGCGCGCAGUCUGCGUAUUAUUCUGGAUCGACGCUGCCCUCGCCGUCAUGUUCUCAGCUGGUGUCUACCUGCUUUUGUGGUCGACGCAGACUUUCACCAUCGCCCAGAUGACGCCUAUUUGGAUCUUUCCUGCUUACCCCAUGCUCAUUAUUGGUCCGCAUGCUGGUGUGUUGAGUUCCAAGCUGGAUCCGUCCGCCGCUCUUCGUGUUAUUGUUGGUGGUACGACUAUUCAGGGUGUUGGGUUUUUGGUCUCGUUGAUGGUGUACUCGGCUUUUAUUUAUCGGUUGAUGACGCAGAAGCUUCCCAAGGAGAAUCUUCGUCCUGGUAUGUUUGUUUCUGUUGGGCCUAGUGGUUUUACGGUCGCGGGUAUUGUCAAUAUGGCAGCUGCGGCGAAGAGGGCGUUCCCUUCUGAUUUUAUGGGGAAUGGUGCGCUCGCUGCUGAUGUGCUGAAAGUCGUGGUUAACUUUUCGUCUUUAUGGCUGUGGGGGUAUGUACUAUUCGAUGGUCUUUCUUUGACUGUGCUGAUUGGUUCUAUCUAG